CCUCCCUGCCGCGGCGGGGAAAGUCUCUCCGAAAGCGUGAAGGGGGAUUGGAGGAGGUUUUAUUUCCCUUUGUGCCGGUGGCUGGGGCCGAAUCGAGGCGGCCGGGCCGGGGGCUGCGGGACCGGGGCUCCCCCCGGAGCGGAGAGGAGCGCAACAAAGGAUGCGGCGCGCGGAGGUCGCCGUCCCCGCGGGCCAACUUUGCGCGCGGCGCCCGCGCCCUGGGGGAGGCCGCCUGCUGCGCUGAGAACCCAGGCGUCCGGGCUGAGCCGGGGCUGGGGGCGCCCGUGGGCGGCGCUUUCCCCGACUCCCGGCCGCAGAAGGGAAUCCCGGAGCUUCCCGGAGGAGGAGGGCGGCCGAGCCGCACGCGGGGACAGCGCUUCCCGCGGAAACUCCGCGCGCUUCCGCGGAUGCCCCUCGCCCUGGCCCGGCCACCCGGCGCUCGGCGUUCAGGGACCUGCGGGGCGCCCCCUUCCCCCGCCCUCCUUGCGGAGCCGGGCUAAGAUGGCCAAGUGGCUGCGGGACUACCUGAGCUUUGGCGGUCGGAGGCCCCCUCCGGAGCCGCCCACCCCCGACUACACGGAGAGCGACAUCCUGAGGGCCUACCGCGAGCAGAAAAAUCUGGACUUCGAGGACCCCUAUGAGGGCUCAGACAGCCGCCUGGAGCCGGACCCCGCCGGCCCUGGGGACUCCAAGGGCCUUGGAGACGCCAAGUACGACUCUCCCAGGCACCGGCUCAUCAAGGUGGAGGCAGCGGACAUGGCCAAAGCCAAGGUCUUGCUGGGCAGCCCCGGGGAAGAGCUGGAACUCGACACAGAGUACUCAGACCCCUUUGAUGCCCAGCCUCACCCGCCACCCUCAGACGGCGGCUACAUGGAGCCCUACGACGCCCAGCGGGCCGUGAGCGAACUGCCAUGCAAGGGGGUGCAGCUGUACGACACUCCCUAUGAAGAGCAGGACCAAGAGCCAGGAGACGGUGCCCCUUCUGGGAGGGGCCCUCGCCGGAGCCGCCUGCCUCGGGAAGACGAGCGGCCAGAGGAUGAGUAUGACCAGCCCUGGGAGUGGAAGAAAGACCACAUCUCCAAGGCGUUUGCAGUGCAGUUUGACAGUCCCGAGUGGGAAAGGACCCCAGGCUCAGCCAAAGAGCUCCGGAGACCCCCAUCCAGAAGCCCCCAGCCCGCAGAGCGCGUGGACCCGGCCCUGCCGCUGGAGAAACAGCCGUGGUUCCACGGCCCCCUGAGCCGGGCGGAUGCCGAGAACCUCCUGUCUCUUUGCAAGGCAGGCAGCUACCUCGUGCGGCUCAGCGACACCAGUCCCCAGGACUGCUCCCUGUCCCUCAGGAGCAGCCAGAGCUUCCUGCACCUGAAGUUCGCACGGACCCGACAGAACCAGUUCGUGCUGGGCCAGCACAGCGGCCCCUUCGCCAGCGUGCCGGAGCUGGUCCUCCAUUACAGCUCCCGGCCGCUGCCUGUGCAGGGCGCUGAGCAUCUGGCCCUGCUGUACCCCGUGGUCAUGCAGACCCCCUGACCUCAGCACCUCAGUCCCUGCCCUGCACCAGGCAGGCCCAGAAUCACUGACUGCAAACGCUAGAGGUCUUUCCAGAGACUCGC